UAGUACUUACCCCACCAACGGUUGGAGCAGUGCACCUAAACAUCGUUUUACUCAAGACUAUACCCACAGAACUGUUCAGAGCGCUCUAUAUAUUCAUUCAUGGCAGUACUAUCCCUGCCGUUAGCAUUUACUAACUCGUUCUGGACUCAGGAUUAUCGGAAAGGCUUGGAGAUUUUGUAUAAUAAGCUUGAACAGGGUACAGUGGAAAACCAUGAGAUUGUUGCAUUCAUAAGAGCUCGUGCAGCCGCUGAGGCUCAAAUUGCAACAUCAUUGCAACACCCUGCAGCUAUUAGCUCACAUGGCGCCGGCUUCAACAAGGAUGAUGGAGCUACAUUAUUGAUGGCCUUCCGUGGACUUCAGGCAGAGUCAGAAAUACAGGGCCGAGUUCACAAAGACAUUUCCAAGGACCUACGAGCUCUUGUAGCUGACCCAUUUAACGAAUGGGCCCAGGGAUACGAGGAGCGUCUUUCUUCCAGCAAAGCUGUGGUUAUGAACAACUGGCUGCGUGCCUAUGAGGAUUCACAGAAAGAGGUUAUUAAACUAAAAAACUCCUAUCUGCAAAAGACACGCCGGGCAGAUGAGGCAGAGGAUGACGCGAAGUUUGCACCUAAUAAUGAUUUAGGGGAUCAUUACACGACCUCUCCGCGCCUGUUGCCACGCGACAAGAGCACGCAACCACAACGCUCGGCUACGGUGUCCGAACGCAUUGCCCAGCGCUUCAAGGAAAUUCAACGCAAGGCUGCUGGUACCUCGAUCUCAAGUGUGGAAUCUGAUGCAGCAAACGAGACAUCAGAAGAGAAGACUUUCACGAAAGUGGACAAAGGCAAAAGGAGAGCGGUGGAGUCGCCGUCGCCUACGCUAGUGGAAUCUCCGCCUCCGUUGUCACCUCCGUUGCCUCCCGCAAAGUUGGAAAAUGCGUCCCCAUUAAUCAUGGAAGCACCCCUGCCUCCGACCCCCAUUCUAUUGGCAGGUCUGGCAAUACCCCCGGCUACCGUUUCUGCAUUGCUUAUACGAGCUGCUACUGAGCUGAAGCCACGUUCCGUCCGGUUCCCCUUGCUUGGAGAAUAUACAGAUUGCUUCACGGGUGAAGAAUUUGUCGCUUGGUUGAAUGUCAAUGUACCAGGCUUUGAUGGCAAUCUCGAUCGAGCUGAAGAUGCCGCAAGGGAGCUGACAGAAAGAGAUGGUCUCCUUCGUCGUAUUGGAGAGUUUGGAAACGAGUUUGAGCAUUCUGAUGAAGCGUACUAUCAGUUCCGAGCCAAGGCUUUCGAACUUGGAUCCGAGACUGAAACUGCAUCGUCUGCGCCGAAGCGUAACCUUGCACCUCUGGCGGAUAACCUGAUCAAGCGUUCAAACAAUUUCGUGAAUGUCGUUUCAAAGGCCUUGAACUCCAACACGCAGACUGAGCCCGCCCAUAUCAGGCUUCGUGAAGAAGCCGAGGAGGCCGACAAAAUCUAUCGUGUCGCUGUCAGAAAACUUGACAGACAGAGGCUUGGCCUUGAGGAACGUAUUGAGGAAACUUUGAAAACGCUUCAGAGAGGAGAGAUGGAGAGGCUGAGAGCCGUCAAGACAGUGCUCCUUCAGUACCAAGGAACCUUGGCCACCAUACCCAAGGCAUUCGAGCCAUCCAUUGAACGCUCUGCCACUCUAGUUGCCUCAUACCAGCCCGACGGGGAUUUAACCGCGCUCAUGGAACGUUACCGCACCGGUCCCUUCAGACCCGUCCCGCAGUUGUAUGAGUCUGUCGCACAUGAUGAAUCAGACGUGGUGUUUGGCAUCGACCUGCGCAAGUGGGCUGAAGGUGGUUGGAACGCCCUUACUUCUGGCGAGGAGAAGAAGGACUUGAUUCCGCCAGUGUUGACGGCGUUGCUCUAUGCGCUGAAAGAGACAUAUGACCGUUUGCCAAAUGACUCAGAAAAACGGAAAGCCUGGAUUUAUGAAGUUCCGCUUCCUGCACUGCAUCAUCUCAGAGAGGCUCUCAAUGGCGUUCCUCCCGAUCAGCCCUUCUCGCUCGAGAUGCUUACCAAAUAUGGUGCCCCUGUGCUUGCAGGUGGUAUCAAGCUGUGGGCCCUUGAGCUUGAUCCCCCCCUCGCUCUUUGGGAGGGGUGGGAUGAUAUCAGGAAACUCUAUCCUACUGUUGGGUCUACGAAGACUGAUGCCGAUGAUUCGGAAGAAAAGCACCUCCAGGACUUGCAAGUGGCUCUGCAGCGUCUGCCGAAGGUCCAUCUCUAUGUCCUAGAUGCUAUUGUCUCUCAUCUCAGAACUUUGAUCGAAUCGACAACUGUGGAGGAAGCAGAUGACGUCUACAUCACGAAGCUGGCUCUGUCAGUCGGCCGCACGAUCAUCAAACCCAAGGUGGAGACGGAGCUGUCCAUCCAGGACCGCCACCCUACGCUUCUGUUCAUCGAUCUACUCAAGAACUAUGAUGAUAUUCUCCCCCCUACUAUCGCCAAGAAGAAGCGGGAGUCCGAGCGACGCAUCCCAAUCCGGAAGCGCACAGCACCUAUUGACAUGCGUAUGAGCCGAGGCAGAAUCUCUGUCGGUGCUCCGACUCGGGAGAUCUUAGCUGCCCAGCAAGCAGCACAGAGAGUCGCUGCCCAGGUUCCGGACGCGACCAUUCCUGAUUAUGCCCCAGCAGCUCCACUCGCAGCAGUCCGGGCUUCACCGAUCUCAGAAUCGAAGAGUUUCGACACUGAACCAGAAACGUCUGAGGCAGCUGUCGAGGAGGGCGAGCAUUUUGAUCGUACCGAACAAUCUGACUCCUCUCCUCCUGUUGUUGAAGAUGACUAUGCACCCCAACGUCCGGAGUUCAAAGAACCACCCCCCGAGUUCGAUGAACCCCCCAGGCCUAUGUUCAAGGAACCGCCCCCGGAGGUUGAUGAUGUCCCCAGCCCUAGUACGCAACCCGUUUCUUUUGUUUCUCCACCUGCCUCGCCACCCCCUGUCAUGGACGAGAAGCCACCCUCGCCUGCAGUGUCUGUGACGCCUGCUACGCCCCACAACCCAAUUAAGACACUCAGACGCAACUCAGCCAUGCGCUCUGGCAGUGCAUCCCCUGCGCGCAGUCCGUCUCCCUUAACUUCACCUGCCACGCCUGCCAUCCCGGCAGAAGAUCAGGCUCUGGGCACUGGAAGAACCGGUUUGUCAAGGCAUUCUUCUGGACAGACGGUUGUGCGUGGUCCACGUAUAUCCCGUGGCCCACGACCGGCUGGUGGAGGGAGUGUAAGCAGCAUGGUAGCGAAUUUGAACAGGAGUUCGAUGUCAAAGUCCCCUCCUCCGUCCCCGAACUACAAGAGGCUCUCUGGUGGGACAACACGUCCGGGAUCGAUGUUGGGGGGUGCAGAUGGGAAAGGAAAGAUUGGCAGAACUAGUGCAUUCUCCAGGAGGACCAUGGCUAGUGAUGCAGAGGAUGAGGUGGUUGACAGGGCAUGAGGUAUCACUGAAACGCUCGCAUAUGAUUCAGAUCCAUGGAACAAUAAUCUAGUUCAGAAUGACCCCUCAUAUUUAAAUGAUGUUCUUGACUUGCAAUAUAACUUAUGUCACAA